AUGGCUGCUCCUGGUAGCGUGGCAGUGAUCAGGAAUCUACAACAACGAGUAAGAAGAAGAGAGCAUGGGGAAGAGGUUAUGUUCACCACCGGAGUGUGGCCAGCAGCUCCUCAGACGAGCCGCGUAUGUCGGAUCAAGGGUGAAGUCGGGGAGUCCAUUCCUGGAGGAUCGUCAUUGAAGAAGAACUGCAAUCGAUACAGUUCAGAGAGCGGCAACACCCGCCACCUUAUGCACCAACUGCUGUCGCAGGAAGGCUUCUAUGGCAACUACGUGUACCCCAUGGGAAUCCAGAUGACCAUCGUUGGUUCCUCGCCGAUGGAAGUGAUCGAGCUAAUACGAGACAUCAAGGAGAAGAUGUCCGCCAAGUUCUUGGAUUGGUCACAGCCGCAGCCGCACAACUCAAGGUGA